AUGUCAAGAUACUUCCAUCCCGCCACCGGCCUUCUGGAUGACUCCGUGCUAGAGCCACCCUCGCCAGCGACGCCGUCUUGGGAGCAAGAGCUGCACAUCCGCGUUGUGGAGGGACGCGGGCUACGUGCGUGGUUGGAUAGGGCUGUUGAAUAUGGGGUGGGGGAGUGGAAGGAGGAUAGAACUCCCGUGGAUGGGUCGACUGCCUCCAACGUCGCGUCAAAACCACACCGCUUCGAAAGGUAUCGCUCAAUCGAAGUCAUGCUGCCGUUGACUACUGUCGUUGCCGUCGCCGUCGCCUGCGGUGUCGUGGUCAUUGUAAUUGCUGUCGUUGGUACCAUCGUCUGGAUUAGAAUCCGCCAGGAACGUCUCUCUCUCGUGGUUGCCCGAGCAGGCCAUGGCUGCAUUCGUCCCCACGGUCAUAGUCCGCCCUUCAACGAGGAAACGUUAACGGAGAUCUCUCGCGAAGAGGGCAGCGCGCUCAGACAAUACGGCCAGCUACCAUACGGAAGACCGUCGGAAUGGGGGUUGCUGGCUUCGCAGGAAAGCCUAUAUCGGUCACGCCACGAAUCGGACAGUUCAUCCAACCUAGCAGAGAAAGCUCGUGAUUUGCGCCGCUCUUUUUCAUGGUCCAAGACCCUGCGGCCAUCCAGGAGUCUCACCCGACCGCGCCAAGGGACCUGUUUGGCGCCAUUAACAGAGUCCAAUGAGAGACUCUCCCAAUUUUCUCCAGUUUCACCCUUGAAGGAACCGAUUUCGAUCUCGGCCGUCGAUGGCGCCCUGGAACUGCCCACCGAGACGACUCCUCGACAGACCCCCGAGAAGGACGAUGAUGGAAGCAUGGCGAACCCCGAUCCCACUAUCACCUACCAGCCAUCAAGCGUGUUCCCGUUACUCCGCCAGCAUGAACGUCCCAGCGGCCUGUUCCCGCUGAUCGAAGUGAGCCAUGAAGCGACAGGCCGAGUACGGGGAGGCAGCAUCACUGCCCAGACGGCUGGAGCCAUGCCAGAGCAUCCAGUGCCUCCGCCUCCGUGUGCCUACCCGCCCAAUCGCUUUCGUCUGUCAAAGAACGAUUCGAUGUGCUUUUCUUCGUUGAGUCUGGAGACAGCCGACAGUUCUAUACUGGAUGAGAGUCGACAGAACUACGCUGCCAUGGAAAGUGAAUUCACGUCUCCACAUCUGCCCCCUUGUCCUACAUUUGCACCGUACAGUGCCAACGACGUUGGGCGCACGGAAUACGAACGAAGGAACUUGCUUGCGCAGACCACAGGUCCUCCUACGUUUUUCUUCCCUGCAAUCUCCCCGACCAAAGAGGGCCGCAAACUCGAACCGGACCGCACCUCGCCACGCCGCAGCUUGACCGCACACAGUCCAUCCCAGUCAAUGGACCGGAUCAGUCCACCCCCACGCCGAAGCGAGUCCCUUUCGGCCAAAUCCUACCCAAGAAGAGACACCUCGUCGGUGCCGUACAUGGAUUUCAACCGCAUCCCUCCGCUGAACGCAGUGGGCCAGAACGCGGCCUUGGUGCCACAUUUUAGCCAGCUGCAGAGACAUUCCAUGUAUGGAGGGCCGCCACGAGAUGUAGACCCUUUCUACGGCGGCGGAUACACCGCGUACGGAAUUCCCAGGAAGCCAGACAAUCUCUUGCUCACAGAAGGCGUUGUGCCGGCCUCCUACGGCCAUCUCAGGCCGCCGCUCCCCUCCGCCCUGAAAGGGGGCAGCGGCCCUCGCAAAGGCCACCGGCGACAGAACUGCGUGCGCAUCUCUAUCCACCCCCCGAUCACCUUUGGCGGACCGGCAUUCUCCCCCAUGGUGGAGGAACCGGAGGACGCCGAGGGGUUUGAUAUGAGUCGGUCAGAGGUCCCCGAGCUCGCCACGCCCAAUACCGCGCUCAGCUCUACCGUCUCCCCAGCGGGUCGCAAAUGCAACGGGACUCCAAAAGGGCAGCAAACCACCGAAAGUACCAGUAGCCCCGGACGGACGAGGAAGCACAAGCGCGGUCCUUCAACAGACAGCACUAUCGAUAUAACCAUGGCAGCCGCCGCCCCAGGAAACGAGAAGACCCUACCAGAAAUUCAGACCACCAUUCUGCCCACCACCGAAGUAACGCAUAUGCCGCAGACACCAUCUCCAGACAAGAGCGCCUCAGCAUGGAUGGUGACUAACUCGGAUGUCUCGCCAGCCGCGCCUGAAACCCCCUUCGGACCUAGGAGCUCCCGGCGCUCGAUCGUCAAAGGGCCGCGCAGCCAGCCGGCAAAGUCACCGACGCAACGCAACAGAAGUCGCUCGUCAGGGCCACUAGGGGAGAGCACGAGUGCCCAACCUACAGGAGUGGCAGCGGCCUCGCCCGCGCAAUCCACCCGCAACCACAGCACGAGAAGGGAGCAGCUGCGGAUAUCGACCGGCUCACUUCAGCGCACUAGAAGCAACGCGCCGUCCCCGACGUCCCUCCACGAGCGCAGCAUCAGCGAACCAACUGAUUAUUCUGAGAAAUUUACCCAAACGACUCAGCACCAAUCAAAGCAACAAUCGUCAUGCCAGCAGCCACAGCUCGAUAUCCCCAAACCAACCUCCAGCCCAAACAACAAACCCAACAAUAGCAACAACAUCGUCGUCCCAAUCUGGGAAGACAGCAAAAGCCCCGCCCGCAAACCCCCAGCAAACCCCUUCCAGACCGACGAACCCGUCGAACUCCCAGAUACAUCUCCCCGACGACCCCCCGAACGCACCAAGAGCCGCGCCAGCGCCAGCACCAGCCAGCAGCGCAAGCCGCGCCGAACCUCCUCACGACAGGGUUUCACGACCCCGACGAAGAAGGCUAUAGGGUUGGGGAUUGGGGCGGCGACGCCUGGGAGUUUGUAUGAUGGGGAUGGGUUUUUGAAGGAGUGAUUGGGGGAGUGGUUUGGCUGGUGUGUGCGUUGGUUUGGCAUUUUAUUGUAGGAGUGUUUUGGCUUUAUUGGGGGAGUAUGGAUGGCGUUGGUGAUGGAUGGGUGGGUAUUCUCAUUUUGGCUGUGGUUUUGUCGUUCAUUUGUUUUCGUUUUGGGUGUAUUCUCUGGCUAUGUUCUUUGGCUGUUCUUUUGCGGGAAUGCUUGAUUUUGAUUUUGAUAUCCACCUGCGCUGUGAAUGGGUGCUCCUAAAUAUGGGGUUGAUACCAUCUUCGAGUGUGUUUCUUUCUUUGGUUUGCUGUAUCCAACUUACACAUCUUAUACU